CCCGAAGGACUUGUCGGAGUGCAUUUUCUGCAUUCUUAAUAGAUAGCCAGCAGGAAAUGCCUCUUAUAGCCCGGGCUGGAGGGGUAGAAAGUAGCGAGGGGAGGGUACAAAAUCCCCAGCCCCUGCUUCCGCAAGCCCUGAGCUGCUCCAAAGUGGGCCAGGCGACUCUGACCACCCCUACGCACCUUUGCCCAGCCCUGGGAUCUUGCUGGCUCAGUUUGAUGGUCAGGAGUUAAGCUGUCAUCUGCGCCCCUCACGAUGGAAGAAACGGGGAAGACCGGUAUCCAGCUGCAGAGACCCAUAAAGACGGAGUGGAAUUCUCAGUGCGUCCUUUUCACCUAUUUCCAAGGGGACAUCGGCAGCGUAGUGGACGAACACUUCUCCAGGGCUCUGAGCAGUGUCAAGAGGCCCCAGCGACUGAGCCCCUCGAGCCAGAGUGCAGAUGUGAUCCUGAGGAACGAUGGUGACAUGCCCCCGAAUCGGUGGCGUUUCUCUUCUCAGUGGACAAAGCCAGAGCCCGGAGCAUCUUUUGCGUACGGCGCCACCGACUGCAGCUUCCAUGGGCCCGGUCUCAUGACUAUGGAUCACUACCCGGUGCCCCUGGCGGGGAGCCCCUCCGUUCCGUCUGGCGAGCCGUGGCCUUACCCCUCCCCGGCCAGCCCCGGCUCCUCGGAGCCUGGCUACUCUCACGCCUACUCCGGCGGGCACGUGCCGUCCCAGCCCCAGCCUGACGGGAAGUAUGAGCCUUUCCUAAGCCUCCUCCAGCAGGACCGAUACCUAGCCCCUCCUCAGGAAGCUGCGGUGUGGGAGGAUUGCAGCUCUGCUCCGACAGCCGGAAGCACGGGAUUGACCUUCAACUUGCCUGCCGGCUCAGCCCACUAAAGCCAGUCUCCAGAGAGAAGAAAUGUGUUUUUUUUUUUUUUUUUUAUUGAAUUUCAGUCGGAAGAAGAGAAUUCCUUUUUCCACACCUGCCCGUGAUUUUCUACUGUGAAUCCUGAGGGUCUAGAGACUGCACCGUCCUUUUCCCUUUCCGUCACUAGAGAGCAUUGCGCCAGGAGCAAGUUUCUGUUCUCCCUCACAAACUGUGACAUCGUGACCCGAGCCGAAGUCAGACAAUCAACUGACUGAGCCCCAUCCCAAGCGGAACCCGGAGUAAGUUCUGUGCCAAGAGCGUUUGUCAGUUGCAGUUCCAGGAGUUUCUUCCUGCCCUCACUCCGGGGAUGAGGAUUCUGGCAUCUGACGCCCCACAGGUGUCCCCCUGGACCUUGGUGACACCUUACAGCCUGCCACGGGGCCCACCUGGCUUCCCCAGACAAUGAAACCUUCCCCUCGGCUCUUCCACGGUUAGGGACAUCUGGGAAGUAUGAUCUGUCUUUUCAGUACAGAGCCGCUGGGGCCACCCAUGGGGAUACCCACGGCGUCUUAGACACAUUGGUGGGGAAAGACAAGGCUUGGGCCAAGCCAUGGCAGCAGGACCUCCCUGCAGACUGUUCCAGAUAAAGUGACAAAUUUCUCCAAACUCAUUCAUCUCAUCUCUCUAAUCUACCAGACGCCCCUGUGGCCAGCGUGAGCUUGGCAGUUAGCCUGUGACAACCCCAGAAGGCCUUGCUGUCCAUGUUCCCCGUCCACACAGCCCCCACUUGCUCCUGUGUAAUAGCUCAGGGGGUGAAUAAUAAAACUACUUUUUCGGAUCA